CACAGCCUGUGGCUCCGCCCCAAGGAACCACUUAUACAAAAUAGCUCCGCCCCUCGAAAUUUUGCCCAAUGGGACUUCCCCUCGGGACUCCACCCCUUGUGGCCCCGCCUCCUUCACCAGAGAUCCCGCCCCUCGUGAUGUCAGGGGCGCAGUAGCUCCGCCCACGUGGAGCUCGGGCAGUGUAGAGCUCAGCCCCUUGUGGCCCCGUCCUGGGCGUGUGCUGGGUUUGAAUCCUGGCGGGGACCUGGGGGGAAAUUGAGGGAGGGUCUGGAUACCUUUAGAGCCAAUGGAUGAUUUUUCAGUAAACGCGGGAAACCGCACCUUCUUUCUGCCUGAGCUGUGAGAUGAGUGGAGGGCAAACGGGUGGGCGGUGAAGGGCAGAUGAGGGAACCGGUACCGCCUUGCAACUCCCCCUUAAACCCCUAAAGACCUGCCUUUCUUCGGUUCCCGGUUACUGGCAGCAGCCGCCUCCUCCCACAAAAGAUCAGACCUCACCAUGGGACGCCCCCGACCUCGUGCAGCCAAGACGUGGAUGUUCCUGCUCUUGCUGGGGGAAGCCUGGGCAGGACACUCCAGGGCACAGGAGGACAAGGUGCUGGGGGGUCAAGAGUGCCAACCCCAUUCGCAGCCUUGGCAGGCGGCCUUGUUCCAGGGCCAGCAACUACUCUGUGGCGGUGUCCUUAUAGGUGGCAACUGGGUCCUUACGGCUGCCCACUGUAAAAAACCGAAAUACACAGUACGCCUGGGAGACCACAGCCUACAGAAUAAAGAUGGCCCAGAGCAAGAAAUACCUGUGGUUCAGUCCAUCCCACACCCCUGCUACAACAGCAGCGAUGUGGAGGACCACAACCAUGAUCUGAUGCUUCUUCAACUGCGUGACCAGGCAUCCCUGGGGUCCAAAGUGAAGCCCAUCAGCCUGGCAGAUCAUUGCACCCAGCCUGGCCAGAAGUGCACCAUCUCAGGCUGGGGCACUGUCACCAGUCCCCGAGAGAAUUUUCCUGACACUCUCAACUGUGCAGAAGUAAAAAUAUUUCCCCAGAAGAAGUGUGAGGAUGCCUACCCAGGGCAGAUCACAGAUGGCAUGGUCUGUGCGGGCAGCAGCAAAGGGGCUGACACGUGCCAGGGUGAUUCUGGAGGCCCCCUGGUGUGUGAUGGUGCACUCCAGGGCAUCACAUCCUGGGGCUCAGACCCCUGUGGGAGGUCCGACAAACCUGGUGUCUAUACCAACAUCUGCCGCUACCUGGACUGGAUCAAGAAGAUCAUAGGCAGCAAGGGCUGAUUCUAGGAUAAGCACUAGAUCUCCCUUAAUAAACUCACAACUCUCUGGUUC